AUGAAAGUGGACAUUUUGAACGGAAGGGGUGAAUCUGUGAACAAACUGCCUGGUGACAGAAGAAGACUGUUGGUAGAGUUAAAGGUCAUUUGGCAUGGUAACAGAUAAAUGCUUUAUAUUGUAAGGAGAAGUACACGAUUUGUGGCAGGCUCGUAGUAUGCAUUGCUGGGUUCUCGUAGCAAUACGCUUUCCUCUUUUUUAAUUAGGUAAGCAUUGACUCAUAAAACUGCAAAAAAAUUAGGUUACCAUUUGAACAAAAUACCUCUCUCAAGAGUUAAGAAACUUGUUUAUGCACUUGUUAGUCUUAGUUGUUUGUUAUUUCUUCUGUUUCUAAUGUUACUAUUACUGUUUUUUUUAAUACCAUUAUUAGAGAAACCUCUUUAGAUUUGAGGACGACAUUUGAUUUUUAGUUUUCUCGCCUUUUCUCUAAAAAUAGACACGCCGGAAAGCUUCAUUGUACUUUUUUUCACCACAAAAGUUAGUUCGCUUAUUUCCGUCGAAGGAGGUUACGCCCUCUCCUGAUCACUAAAUCAUAAAAUUCCUAACAUUUGAUAACCUGUUUUCGCCAUUACGACAUUCUCGGUAAAACUAGUAGUAGAGGCCUUAAGAUCCGACGACGGCGACGGCAGAGAAAACGUCGCUGAAAUAGUCAAUUCGCUUUCCUUCAACCUUCAUCGCGAUUACUCCAAGUGAUUAACUAUGUCAAAUGUAGGUGAACCCUUCUAAAGUUGAAUUCCUAAGAACAAUAUUCAUAUUCAGAAAGAAGGAGGAAAUUUCGUGGUCGCUUGUGAACCUCCUCUGUACAACGUGAAAUUAGGCAUUUUCACUUCGUAGUCGUGCAGUGACGGCAAAGAAAUGUACAAAAAAGCGUGAUGCACGUGCAAAAUUGUUGCUUUGGUUAUUAAAACUAUUGCUUUUGUGACAUUCUCGUUGUCGUCACCGUCGUCGGAUCUUAAGGUCCCGUAGAAUGACGACGGCUACCACAUUCUCCCGUCGAUAUGGUGUUGGUUCACACGCGUGCACUACUUAGUAUUGGGAAAAUCUCCUUCUCGUAGUCGUCCUCAUCUUAGAAUCAAAGGCUCUGUAUUUUGAUCUUAUGAGGAUCGUUCUUGUUAUUUAUUCACGUAUUUUUUGCAGGAAGAGACAAAGAUGGAGAUAAAGUAAUCACUAAUCAUGUCUGUCAACAUGGAGGAAAGAGCUGGCCUUACUGGUUCAGAAAAAUGGGUAACUGAGUUAGUCUGCUGCUAUCUGUGCUAUGAGAUUUAGUGUUUUAAUCCAGUGGAUAGGGUUAUCCAGUGAUUGAGCAACUGGGGCCAGUUGAAAACAGUGUGUGAAUUUACCUGUUCUUGCAGUUGUUUCAGAAAAUAUUACCCUCCUUGGCCCACAUACUCUUCAGCUUCAAGUGUUACUGAGUGACAGUUCAACUGCACCAUCAAUUAAGAGCCUUCCAGUCCAUCGUAUCAAGUUUACCGUUACAGGUUUGUAAAAAAUGACCAGCCUGGGACAGUUUUAGGUUGCGCUUACGCUAGAUGUGAUUUUUCUGGAUUCGUGACGAUUGCGAACAAUUUGGUUCCAGAUUCGUUUUGAAUGGGAACAUUGUAUUUUUGUUCCACCCUGUUAAAAUAACUCGUACAUCUUUUGUUAUCUUGUUUCUCCUUUGUCAUUUCUGUUUAUUUAGAGGCUCAUCCAAACAAAUUCACUGUUGGAAUGUUGGAGACGCCUCUUAGAGUUGGAGUUCCUUUCCAGGUAUACGUUUUUGUUUCAACCCCGCCCCCCCCCCCCACCUCUCCACCCCGUUCGUGAGAGGAUGUAGCUCCCUUAGGGGGUGGGGGGGGCACUUCUUUCUAGUAAUAGGCCAAUGGGUAUGUACCCCUGGAUGGGGUCGCAUUUCCACGACUGGGUUGACUAUAAUUGGGAAUAAUGGCUUUGCAUUUUCAGAAGAGUUACUAGAAUUGGGUCACAGGUUUUCGGGUUUUUAGGGAAAAAAUCAUUAUAAGAAGGGGCUUAAAAAUGGGAAGUUGGGAUUAUGCAGAAAAUUAUCUUUGCCCAAAAGUGACUAAGAUGGAGUCUAUAACUGGCCACAGAAUAGCCUAUAGUUGUGAAGGGGUUCUAAGAGGCCAGCAACACAUAAUAAGCAAAAUAUUAUCCAAGUGCCCCUAGCCAUAUGUCACUAGAGGAUGGUAACAAGGUUUAGCUAGUCUAGAAUAGCAAAUAUAGAAUACUUUGUUUUUUUGGUUAAGAUUCCACUGAAUUUGCUGGAUGAGUUUAACAACCCUUCAAAGUUAUCAGAGGAAAAAGCACCCGUGUUAAGUGCAAGGUGAGUGUAUUUUGAUAAUUUUUUAAUGAAACAUGGAUUAGUAACCUUGGUGUUAAAGUCAAUCCUGCCUUCAACGGAAUAACAUAUCUUGUUUAUAUUGUUAGCGGACUGGAGUUGACUCACCAGGGAACAUCAGUGAAGGGAAACAGCCUAAUCGUUAAGGGUGUGGUGGCCCUUGGUUCUGUACCAUCCCAUGCAGGAAAGGUGAGGGGUUUUUUGGAAAACAUCUUGGCCGAUUUGAUUCAAUUUCUCGUAAUAAAAUAGAGUACGACGAUAUCAUCAGUAGCCUUCAUGAUUCAAAAUCUCAAACGUACGUUAAGUUUAUCUGAACAGUUUUUUUUUUUUGUUUGUUGUUAAAGGAUUUUAAUCUAAAGAUCACCCUACCAGGACUUGAAGAAGUUUCGCAGAGCUUGAAGAUCAGGUUACUUCCAGGUACUCUUUUGACGCCAUAUGUGGGUUGAGUGUGUUGUUGGUUCUCUCUCUUGCUCCGAGAGGUUUUUCCUCCGGGGACCCGGUUUUUACCUCUCCUUAAAAAUCAACACUUUCAAAUUCUAAUUCGAUCUAGAACCCACGGACACGUUUCAUCGAGUUCUUAAGAACUCUUAAGUGCUCCUUGGGUAAUACAAAUUACAAUUUACAAUUUUUACCAGAAUGUAAAUUUUCCUUUAAAAAAAAAAAAAGAGACGCUGUCUAAAAAGGAUGCGUUCCUUUGGGCUGAUCGGGAUCAGGAUCAGUGAUCUGGGAUCACUCGGAUCAUGCUACAUCAAAUGAACCAAAGAAUCCUUUUCCAGGGUUGAUUUGUCAGUUCCUUUAAUGUGCUGUGGUCCGAAUGAUCUCUGAUCUCUGAUCACUGAUCCUGAUCCGGCUCAUCCCAGUAGAACGCAGCUCACAAGGCAACGUGGCUGUAGGGUUUUACCGUGACGCGCACGCCCCCUUCUCACUCCAUUUUUUGACUCACGUUAGCAUGACUGUUUCUGUUCACUGAAUCACGUUUCGUGCUGCAGGCCCACCAGAAUCCCUUGCGGUCACACCAAAUGACAGUGAGGUCACAAUUGAAAACAACAGUGCCCUGCAGCUACAGGUGCAAGUCCAGGACAAAGCGGGAAACCUAACAGUUCAACCAAGGCUUAAUGUUGUCUGCAAGGUAACUAUGCUAGUGUUCAGCCCGAUGUGAUUUAACUAACUGUGGAGUAAUUGCUCCUUAUUCCUAACAUUGGAACUUCAAUUUUAAAGUGCUGGUUCCACAACUCACCACAACUUUGUUAAGGAGUCAUGAGGCGUUGAGUAUACUCUGUUCAAGCAAAUUGACGAUUGUUAGACGUUCAUUGCAACUACAUAUUUUAAAAUCCCUUAUAGUUCUAAGCUUUUGAGAAUGCUCAAAGCACCUCAGUUUUGAACUUUUAAUGUCAUUUCUAUGGUCGAUAUUUGUACCGACCAUGAAAAAUUGUCGAUUUUUUUUUUUCAGUAACACCGACGGCCAUCUCUGAUGAUGUUUCUUGGGAAAUUAUAUUUAUUUAUUUACUAUUAUUAUUUUUUUAACAAAGAGGUACAUUGAUGGCGGCCGCCAUCUUAAAAGCAAUGUCCAAGAUGGAGGAGAUAGUAUCAUCGUUCGCACUACAAAAUACACCUGCUUUUGCAGUUUACAAUCGGCGACAAAAUUGUUGAGACAUUUUCCUCAAAUGGGAUACCUCGAAGAACAAAACAAUACGCACUCCUCCCCCAUCCCGUCCAUUGA